AUGGCACAGAUGAAUGAGCGCGAGCAGCGCGAUCACAUGCUGCACGCAAUUCACCGUCAAAUUGAAUAUCUCCGAACCAACCCCGAGGCCCGUCCCCGGGUGAUCGGGAGGCUAGAAGCCCUAUUACGGCUUGCGCGUGCUGAUGCACAGGUUGGAAAUACAUCACGGCUCGGGCAGCUCUCAUUGACUUUGCAGAAGGAGCUCCCUGGGCAAAUUGCACUUCUCAAAAGUGACGCGAACAAUGAUCGAAAGGUUGCAGAUGCCCUCGCCCGAAUGGCACUCGGUGUAUCUUUGCUUUUCCGUUCUGCAUACAAAGAGUAUGACUUCGAUCAACCCAGAAAUCACAUCGAGGAAAUUACACUUACUGAAGAUUAUGGCAUGCAAGAUGAGGAUGAUCUCACCAGCAUAGUCUUUGGAUCAUACUUGGCGAGACUUGCAGGACAAAAUUUAUAG